GUCUCUCACGAGAGGAAGAACAGUUGUGUGUUUGUGGUCAUGUUUGCCUUGGUUUUGUUCUCGGCUCUGGCAGGCCUGCUGGUGGUCUUGUCCUGGGUCUACCGCACCAAGCCCUACCUGGCCUGCGACCUCAGGUACACCAUGGCUGCCCUCCGAGUGGGCUCCAGGAUGAGGAAGUUGAGCGGCAAGAAAAGGUUCCACAGUAUCUUGGACGCCUUCCUGGACCACGUGGCCAAAGACCCGCACAAGAAGUUCCUGUGGUUCCAGGACAGAAGUUGGACCUACCAACAAGCCGACCAGGAGAGCAACAAAGUGGCUCGGGUGUUGAGCACUUUGUUGCAGGAAGGACAAAGUGCGGCAUUGUUGAUGGGCAACGAGCCAAACUUUGUGUUUGUCUGGUUGGCGCUCAGCAAACUCGGGUGUUGUUCUGCGCUCCUCAACUCCAACAUCAGGUCCAAAUCUCUGCUGCAUUGUUUCUCCUGCUGCGACGCCAAAGUGCUGCUGGUGGGAGCCGACCUCCAAGAGGCAGCAGAGGAAGUUCUUCCAAGUCUGGACCAGCAGGGGGUCCGUGUGUUCAUGGUGGGUGAAGGUCCUGACUCCAAGAACAUCCAGAAUCUCUCACACAAGAUUCAACAGGCCUCAGGUACACCUGUGUCACCUGAGCUGAGAGCCAACGUUCACAUCAGCAGUCCUGCACUCUACAUCUUUACCUCAGGAACCACAGGUCUUCCCAAGGCAGCUGUCAUAAACCACAAGAGACUUUGGUUUGCCAGCCUUCUUCAGUCCAUUGCUGGCGUCCGCUCUGAUGAUGUCAUCUACAUCUACCUGCCGCUCUACCACACAGCUGGCUUCCUCAUGGGACUGUGUGGAGCCAUAGACCAGGGCAUCACCGUGGUCCUAAGACAGAAGUUUUCUGCCAGCCACUUCUGGAGCGACUGCAGGAAGUACGAGGUCACCAUCAUUCAGUACAUCGGCGAGAUCAUGCGCUACCUGUGCAAUACGCCCAAGAGAGACAACGAGCGAGACCAUAAAGUGCGACUAGCUUUGGGAAACGGACUGCGAGCGGACACCUGGGAGGACUUUCUUCAGCGCUUUGGGAACAUUGCUGUGUUUGAAUGUUACGGAGCCACCGAAGGAAACAUCGGUUUUGUCAACUACGCUGGAAAGAUCGGAGCCGUUGGCCGAGUUCACUUCCUGCACAAAAUGGCGUACAAUUAUGCUCUCCUCAGGUUUGAUACGGAGAAAGAGGAGGUGGUUCGAGACUCCAAAGGAUUUUGCAUGGAAGUUCCAAGAGGAGAGAGCGGUCUGCUGGUGUGUAGGAUCGCAGAGAGCGCCCCCUUCAGUGGUUAUGCCAAAAACCAACAUCAGACCGACAAGAAGAAGCUGAAAGACGUUUUUGUCAAAGGAGACGUUUACUUCAACACUGGAGACCUCUUGAAGAUCGACCAUGAAGGCUUUGUCUUCUUCCAGGACCGAGUUGGAGACACCUUCAGGUGGAAAGGAGAGAAUGUUGCAACCACAGAAGUGUCAGACCACCUGCUGAUGAUUGACUGCAUCGAGGAAGCUAACGUGUACGGUGUGAAGGUGCCAGGACACGAGGGCAGGAUUGGAAUGGCAGCGUUGAGUAUGAAGGCCAACAUGGACUUUGAUGGCCAGCUGGUGUAUGAGCAUGUGAAAAGUUACCUUCCCAGCUACGCCCGACCUCGCUUUAUUCGCAUCCAGGAGGCCAUGUCGCUGACGGCGACCUUCAAGCUGAUGAAGGUGAGGCUGGUGGAGGAAGGUUUCAACCCCGCCCUCAUCAAGGAGCCCUUGUACUUCCUGGAGGACCAGCAGGGCUACGUGCCCCUGACCCAGGACUUGUUCCAGUCCGUGCAAGAGGGAAGAAUCAAACUGUAAACCUGCUUCACUUUAUUUCACAAUCAGGAGCACUUUUCAGCCAUGCAACAAGAACUUAGUCUGGAAUAAAGUUUUCAACAAGAA